UGGUUUUUUGGUAGUUGUGUCUGGCGAAGAAAUGUAACUGCGAACAACUCCCGAUAAUUUUUACUUAGUAGUACUAUACCCAAUCUCUCUGAAUAUAAGAGGGGAAGGUCUCAUUAAGCCUUUACCUAAUUGUUUACAAGAGUUUCAUCGUUUUUUCGUUAAGGAUGAGCAUGUAUAGUACAGCUAAUGGCAGCAUUGCUUCUGGACUAUCGACUCCUAGACGAUCAGCUACAGCCAGCCCAGUGACAAAACAGUUUUCUAAGAACAAUGUCGUGGGUAUAUGUGCCAUGGAUGCAAAGGCUCGUUCGAAGCCCUGUCGGAAUAUCUUGAACAGAAUCAUAGCCAAUGGUGAAUUCGAAGCAAUUGUCUUUGGAGACAACAUGAUACUAGAUGAAGAAGUCGAGAAUUGGCCUGCUUGUGACUACCUGAUUUGCUUUUUUUCUACAGGAUUCCCGCUUGAGAAAGCUCAGCGUUAUGUCGAGCUUCGAAAACCAUUUUGUGUAAAUGAUGUCGUCUUCCAGGAGUUGCUGUGGGACAGAAGACUCGUCCUUCGACUUCUUGAAGCAAUCCAUGUGUCCACGCCGAAGCGAAUUGAAUGUACUCGGGAUGGAGGUCCGAAAGCCAGCAAAAAGUUGGCUGAAAAGCUUCGUCGUAAGUUUGGUAUCAAGUUUCCUAAAAUGCCUCAACCAGAGGUCAAGAUGAUUGACGAGGAUACGCUGUCAAUUGACGGAAAAACUAUCAAAAAACCAUUUGUGGAAAAGCCAGUUGAUGGUGAAGACCAUAACAUAUACAUUUACUUUCCCAAGUCUGCGGGAGGCGGUGGUCGUAGACUGUUCCGAAAGGUCGCAAACAAGUCUUCCGAGUAUGAUCCAAACUUGUGCAGUCCUCGUUUGGAGGGUUCUUACAUCUACGAACAGUUCAUGAAUGUUGAUAAUGCUGAAGACGUGAAAAUUUAUACGGUAGGUCCGAACUACAGUCAUGCGGAAACGAGAAAAUCGCCUGUUGUUGACGGAAUUGUCAGAAGAAAUCCUAAUGGAAAGGAGAUCCGUUUCAUUACACAUUUGACAGACGAGGAGCGAGCCAUGGCUUCCAAGAUUUGCACUGCCUUCGAGCAACCCGUUUGUGGUUUCGACCUGCUCCGCGUGAAUGGCCGUUCGUACGUUAUUGACGUAAACGGAUGGUCUUUCGUGAAAGAUAAUAACGAUUACUACGACAAUGCUGCUCGAAUCCUUAAACAAAUGUUUUACGUUGCCGAAAAGCAAAGACGGAAUCGCGUCCCUUCCGUGCAGGAAGUACUGAACCCACCUCCUCGUGAAAGUGAAGCAUGGAGAUUAAAGGCUCUCGUUGGCGUGUUCCGACACGCUGAUCGCACACCCAAGCAAAAGUUCAAGUUUUCGUUCAUUUCUGAACCCUUCGUUGCCUUGCUUCAAGGUCAUAAAGAAGAAGUGCUUUUGCGUAAUGAGCAACUGAACAGUGUUCUUGAAGCUACGACUCGCGCCAUGGAACUGCAAUCUGAGGAUCCGGAAAAGUUGAAACAGUUGCGAAAUGCUUUGGUCACAAAGAAGAAUCUCCCUGGUACAAAGGUUCAGUUAAAGCCUGCAUACAAGGAAGGAAAACUUGUAAAGCUUCAGCUGAUUAUCAAGUGGGGUGGUGAAUUUACGCAUUCUGCUAGGUACCAGUCGAAGGAUCUUGGUGAACAAUUCUACAAAGACCUGUACAUUAUGAACCGCAGAUGUUUAGACGAUGUUGAAAUAUACACAUCGUCCGAACGUCGUGUUUCUACAUCAGCAGAAAUAUUUGCCAUGGCCUUUUUACAAAAAGAGACGAUCCCCAAGGGCGCUUUUCACACGCGCAAGGACCUGCUAGAUGAUUCGAAUGCCGCUAAGGACAUGAUGGAUAAAGUUAAAAAGCGCUUAAAGACGCUUCUCCGCGCCGGAGACCCUGCCCGAGAGGAGUUUACUUGGCCCAAGGACAUGCCCACUCCUAGCGAAGUGAUGCAACGAGUCAUCCGUUUGCUCAAGUAUCUCCGUUCUGUCAUGCGCGAAAACUAUGCCAUUCUGGGUCCAAAGGUUGACCUUGUUCAAACUCGCUGGUGUUGCAGUGAGAAUCCAGCUUUGUUCCGUGAACGUUGGGAAAAGUUGUUCACUGAAUUUUGUGAUACGGAGAAUGCCGACCCGUCUAAAGUGUCCGAGUUGUACGACACACUCAAGUAUGACGCUCUUCACAACAGACAGUUUUUGGAACGAAUUUUCAUGCCCUACGUUUAUUUGAAGGAUCCUGAAAAUCCCGCUCUCGUUCUGAAGGAGCGUAGCCGGCCACACUCCCCAUUGCAAGCAUUGACGCCUCAGAUUACUGGCGCCAGCCGAUUUGCUGAACAACCUCAACAACCCAUGGGCAAGCUCAUCGAACUGUAUACGCUAGCUAAAGCUUUGUUUGAUCUUGUUUCUCCACAAGAAUAUGGUAUUGAGAAGACAGAGAAAUUGGAAAUUGGGUUGUUGACAAGUAUUCCUCUGAUGCGACAAAUCAUUUCAGACAUUAAGUUUGCCAAGGACUGUGAUCAUCCCGUGACUCGCAUUUACUUUACGAAGGAAUCGCAUGUGUACACGUUGCUGAACUGCAUUCUUGAAUCGGGUCUGCCCAUCAAAACCGCUAGAAACCAGAUUCCAGAGUUGGAUUAUCUGACACAAAUUUGUUUUGAAUUGUUUGAGCGCACGAACCCAGAAGGUGUCAAAGAAUACUCCGUUCGCAUUACUCUUUCUCCGGGGUGCUACGCCCAGAACCCGCUUGACAUGAAGCUUGAUGCAAAGCACUGCAUAAGUGUCGCACCCAAGCGUUCUCUGACUCGGCAUCUCGACCUCAACGUUUUCUGUGAUAAACUUGAGGAUAGAGUUAAUUCGAUUGAACUUCCUAACAAGCCUACACUUCCAGUAAACAUCAGUUGAAUGGACAAUUAGAAAGAAGCACACAAUUCGAUAUUUUGAAAUUCAUAUUUUGUCAAAACCAAAAAAUGCCGCAAUUGUUUGUUCUUCUGUUCCCUUAACACCCUUCUCACAUUCCAUCCCUAAGGUUUUUUUUUCCAUUUAGUUUCAUACUGCAUCCCCCACUAGUAUAAUAGAUACUACAGCUUUGUGGAAUAAUUUUUUACGUCUAGAUGUUGUUACGCUACGG